AGCACAUUUACCAGCUUUGGAAUGCUAAUCUGCAUGUUUGUUUAUUCGUAGAGGUGAUCAUGAGAACGAGAAGUUCUUAGCAGUCUGGGAAGAAGUCUGGGAAAUGCAUUGACAGCCUCCCAGGCAGACUUUUACCUCCACGAGUACUGAAAUGGAGUAAUCCAGCGAUUCCACUCUGGGGAGUACUUUUCGGUCGCUGGCUGCAGAAAUGGGCGAGGAUGCAGUGGGGCUUGGCGAGUCUACCCCUGUCCUCAGCUUGCUACAUAUAAGGCCACUUUUACCAGCUGAGCAGGCUGCAGGUUGCUGCAGCGUGGUUUCUGUAGGCGAGAAUGAGACAGUCAACGUGCAGGGCCGGCCCUAUGCCUUCGACUGCGUCGUCGGCGAGGGCGGCCACUCUCGCAGCCACAUGUGCGAGCACUACAUCAGGCCUCUGGUCCGCAACGUAUGCAGCGGCGUCAACUGCGCCGUAUUUGCGUACGGACAGACCUCCAGCGGCAAAACUUACACCAUGGGCAUUGGCAAGGAGCAGCUGCAGGCGCUCAGCAGCCGCAGCGGGGACGCGGCGCAGGACCUCAUCAUUCCCUACGCGCUGCGGCAGCUGUUUGAGAAUGUGCAGGCAGCACAGGGGCUGCGGAGCUUCACGCUGCUUGUCUCCUUCGUUGAGGUGUACAUGGAAAAAUACUAUGACCUGCUAGCUCAGCGGCAGCCGGUGGCCGCCAAGACCAGUCGCGAUGGGGAGAUGAUGCUGGUGGGCGCGCAGCUGCGGCAGGUGACGACGCUGGAGGAGGUGAUUCGACUGCUGCAGAUCGGCGGCCACUCGCGCACCACCAAGGGAACCAACCAGAACGACCGCUCCAGUCGCAGCCACGCAGUACUCACCAUACACGUACAAAGCCGUGCCGUGGCCAACGCAACCACACCAGCCGCCGGCAGCACUCCAGUACCGGGAUCCCCAGCGCCGUCCACCGCCGCCGCUGCCGCGGCGGCGGCGGCGGCAGCUGCCGCCACCCCGCCCCAUGCAUCCUCCCAGCUGCCCGCCACACCCGCUGCCGCCACGCCGUCGCCGGUACGGGCGUGUGCCGCCGUCGGCGGCGCCGGCGGUGCCGCCGCCACCGCGGCGGCGUUGAGUGCGGCGCUGGCGGCGCCGCCGCUGGCCGCGAAGCUGCAUCUUGUGGAUCUGGCGGGCUCGGAAAGUGUGGGUCGUGCGGGAGCGGUGGGCCUAGCGGCCAAGGAGGGCAACACCAUUAACCUGAGCCUCAUGACGCUGCGAAGCCUGAUCCAUUCGCUGGCAGCACCAAAGCCCCCAGGCGGCUCAGCAGCCAAAAUUAUACUGCCGUACCGCGAUUCCAAGCUCACCACGCUGCUCCGUGACGCCUUGGGCGGGAACAGCUCCACCCUCUUCGUGGCCUGCGUCAGCCCAGCCGACGCCAACGCGGCAAUGACCGUGUCCACGCUUGAGUUCGCUACCACGGCUCGACGCAUCCGUACCAAACCCGCGGUCAACAUUGGCGGCGCAGGCAGCUCGGAGGUCGUUGAGCUGCACAAGAUUAUCCUGAAGCUGCGAAGUGAGGUCGAGCAGUUGCGACGUCAAGCCGUGUUGGGCACGCCCACCUCGCCCACUGCCACGCAACUGAAAUCUGCAGCAACAUCGGCAGCUGCAGCGGCUGCAGCUGCAGCUUCUCGUCUGGCCUUCCCCUCACCCUUCGCCUCGCCGACCCCCGCUGGCGCCCUGGUUGCCUUUCCCGGCGCUUCCGCAGCCGCAGCCGUCAUGCUGCGUGGCUUAUCGCCCCUGCUGUCCAAAUCUCUGUCGUGCGGGGGUUCGCCCCGAAACACGCCCUACCAGCAGCAGCUCCUGUUGCUACAGCAAAACGGCCACUUGCAGCAGCAGCUCCAGCCGCCGCUGCUGCAGCUGGGUACGAGUCCGCUUGCCGUUGCGAGUGGCACGGCCCGUUCGGACCUCGGGCGGGAAUCCGCCGCGGGUGCUGGGGGCGGGCCGAGAAACCUUCAGCCGACGGCUUACGAGACUGGCGCAGUAGCUGCUGCAGCAGCAGGGCCAGCGGCUGCCAAACCACCGGCACGGGGUUCACGCGGUGGCCGGGGUUCAGGGGUUUGGGGCAGUGCUGCUCAGAGUGAUUCAGAUGUUCCGGCAACAGCAACGGCGAUUGAGGAGCCAGAGGCAGCUGAGCAGGAGAGGGCACAACCUGCCGAGGGGGCGGGGGUGGGGUUAAGGGCAGGCGAGGUGCAUGCAGGCGGCCCGGGUUGUGCUGGAUCUGAGCAGGAUGCAGGCGGUAGCAGCUGCAAAGAGGCUGCGGAGAUGAAACAAACGCGGGAGCAGGGGCGGCAGGCGGAAUUGGAGGCAGCAACUGCGGUAUCCCUAUCCCCAGCGGCGGCUCGAGCGAUCCUUAUGAGCGCUGGCAAGCCCGCCAGAACGUACCGCCGGCGUAGGGGGCGCCGAAGCGGCAGCCACCGCUCUAGCAGCAACACCUCUGACGGCGGCGGCGGUGCCGGCGAAGCAGGCACUAGCAACGCCAGCUGCCGACAGCGCCAGGCUUCACUUCGACGGAAGCUGCACCCAGACGACGUUGCGGCGCCGUCGUCGCCUUGUCGUACCCCUCGCGAGGGCCACCGUCGGAGCCGCUCGGAGCUCAGCGGCCUGUCGGCUGCUCUCAGCGGCGACAGCGGCAGCUGCCCUGACGGCCUGUCGCCGUCAAGUUCGACAGUGUACGGAAGUAGCGGCGGCGGUUGCAGUGAGGGCAGCUCUCCGGACGCCUGGCAGAGCAUGGCGCAGCUGCAGCAGCGGGUUGUGCUGCUGGAGGCUGAGAACGAGCAUCUGCAGAAGCAUGUGGGCAACCUAUCUUCCAUCAUACACGAUCUGCGGGCCCAGCUCGAUGAGGCGCAUGCGGCCCUCUCAGGCAAGCACCCCUCGCUACCCAACUCACCCUUCGUGGCACCACGCCAGCGCUGUAGCUCCUCCGGUCUCGGCCUGCUUGCUGCGGCGGCGGCGCAAUCCGCACAUACGGGGCCAGCAGCAUCCCGGUGGCAGCGUCUGGGGGCAUCCCUCGGCGGAGGCGGAGGCAGCGGGCGUGGAAGGUUACUCGGCAGCGGAGGAAGCGGAAGCCAAUGGCUGCCGACAGGGCCGUCAGCGAUGUUGUCUCGAGGCGGGGCGGCGGCUCAGCUGGAGUCCGGAGGAGGAGCAGCAACAGGUGGUGGUGUGCCUGCGACUCGACGGGCGUCGUGGUCGGGACCCGUGGGUCGCGCAGGACCCAAAUGCCUGUUUCCGGACCGGCCUGAGGAGCACAAACAGCUGCAUACGAAGCUCCGCCAGCCGCAGCAGCAACACCCGCACCUGCAACGUAGGCACGCUGCCGCUGACGGCGUAGAGGAGGGAGAAUCGGAUGGUGAUCUGGAUUUGGCGUCGCCGUCUACCCUGUCUUGCGGAUCUUCGCUGACGCUGUCUCCCUCGGGUCCCUCGGCCGGGAAGGGCUCAGCGCGCCCGCCUGCAGGAGCGGUGCCCGCUGAUGCGGUUGGAGCUUGCGUUGCUGCUGUUGCUGGAUUGGAAUUGGAAACAGCCGCGAGCGCAGCCCCUGCUGACAAGGGCAGCGCAUCUCCUCUACCCGCAUCCCUCGACGCAGCAGCACACAGCCCUGAGCUCCAUACCACACCUGGGGACGUAAUUGCGUGUGGAGAGGCCGCCACAGCAGCGACCAUCAACGAGCAGGAGCAGCCGGUGCAGGAAGGGCAAGCAGCUCCGGAGGAAGUGCUGCUCGAUGCGCCUGCAGCAGCGGAGGAGGGGCUUGCGGAGGAUGGCGGCGAGGGCGAUAAUGGGACGUGGGAUGCAUCCAUGCUGCCUGCGUUGGCGCAGCAGUUGCCGCCGCCGGAGGAGCUGCAAGACCGGGCGAGAGCGCUGCUGGACUGGAUUUCCUGCCAAGUGGCUGACAGCGAGUCGCUGCUACACGCCCAGCAAGCGCUGCUUCGGGAGCUGCUGGUGCAACAGGGCCUUAUCGCACCCGGCAGUGGCAGUGGCGGAGCUGGCGGCAGUGCUGGCGACGUGGACGGGGGCUGCGAGCUUCCCUCCCUGGAGGUCCUCCGGGACUAUGCAGCACAGCAGCUGGCUGGAGUUCAAACGGAGCUGCAGGCGCUUGGCGGCCUGGGAGGCGGCAGGAGCAGGGGCUGUGCUGCUGGGGAGGAGGAGGAGCACGUUGGUGGAAGCGGCAAGGGCGGUGGUGGUUCGGGCUCGGCUGGAUCGUUGGGGCAGGAAGAGUUGAGGCGUGUGGAGGAGCUGCUGAGUCGUCGGGGCAGCCUGCAAGAGCUUCAAGAGGGGUUGCAGCGGAUUGCUGAGUUGGAGGCGGCUCUGGAGCUGCAAAGGGAGAUUCAAAUGCUAGUGGGCGAGUACGCUAGGUUGUACGGCAGCGACUCAAUCGGCGCCGCCACCGGGCCCGCCGUGGCUCGCGCCGCCGCGGCGGCGGAGCAGCAGCUGCAGACGUUGCGGCGGCACCGGCGGCAGCAAGUCAUGAAGGAAGCGGCGGUAGCACGGGAGAAGCUCCGUGAGUUGGAGGCUAUGUCCGGCCCACCGCUGCCUACCCAAUACGGCGUCAUAUUACAAGGCGUGCAUGGCAGUAGCGGCGGCGGCAGUGCCUCAACAGGACCCGCAUCUCUGUCGUCAGCGCCGUCGCUGCUGUCGUCUCAGAACUCCCUUCGCAGUAGCACGGGCAUGACGUCCAUGUGGAGUGGCUUCGGUAGCAGCGGCGGCAGCAGCUACGUCUUCUCGCAGGGCUCCGUAUGCCUGGAAGCAAGUGAGGACGCUGAUGAUGAGCUGGGACUUGCCGAUCGGUGUAACGAGCUGGAACGAGGAACGACGCCCUGUGGGUCGUCCGGAGGCUGCAGCGUCGGUGUAGGCGGCAGAAGCAGCAGCACCACGGGAAUGGCUUCGGCGCCGGUUUCGGUGCCCCUCGGACUGCCGCCGCCAGCGCCGCAACCACCGAAGGCGCAGCCGGCGCCGUCCAUUUUCGCGCAGCUUUUGCCGAGUCUGAGUUCCAGCUGGCGUCGAUCUUCCAGCAAGGAACUUCCCCGCGUGUCUUCGCAACAGCUACAACAGCAAGCCCAACCGCAGGCGCAGUUGGCAUCGCAACAUCAGCAGCAGCAACAGCCUCAUCAAUUGCAGCGCAACAACAGCCUCAACGCGGGCUCUGCUGCAGGAGCGGGCAGGCCGGCACGUCGCACCGUGGUCCAACUGAGUCAGCUAGGUCCCUGGCUGGAUGCCCUGCUGGACUAUGAGACCCGCAUGCACCACUACGGCCGGGUGUUGAAGGGCGCGUUGCAGGAACGUGAGGCGGUUUACACGCAGUUACAGAUGGUUGAACGCGAGCUCCUGCACAUCACAGAGGCAGCAGCCGCAGCAGCAGGCCUGCCGCCCGCCACAGCAGCAGCCAGUGUCGCCGGCGCCGCUGCCGGCAAUGGAAGCCUUCUGCAAGAAGAAGAGGGCUACCUGCGACAGCAUGCGGUAGUGCUUGGGGCGCAACAGGAGAAGCUGCAGAAGCGGCUCGAGGAGUUAUGCAUGGAUGUGGCCUCAUUGCAACUCGCCAUCGUGGAAGGCCAGGAGGCGGGCGCCUCCGCCUCCGCUGCCACCAGCCACGAUGAAUGGUGGGCCUGUGUGCCAUCCGUCGGACUCGCCCGGACCGCUCUGCGCAUGCUCCUGGAGAGGGCUGCAGGCUACCGGUCGGAGUUCCAGAGCGCUGUCGCACGUGCGGAUGAGCUCGAGCACAGGGUUGCCGAGCUGGAGCUGCAGUAUCAGGAGGCGGAGGCGCGGCUUGCGUCGCAUUCCCUGGAGCUGACUGCCAUCCGGGCGGCAGCCUUGGCCGGCGGCGUGGCAGCAGCAGGUGCCUUACAGCUGCCCUCCUCCUUGCUGUUUGAGGGUGGCCGCGAGGGAGCUGCUGGCUUGUUGUUCGGGGUUUCGGAGGAUUUGGAGCUCCAACAGCAGCAGCGGGAACUGGAGCAGCAGCUACAGCAGCAACAGCUGCUGAUACAGCAACUGCAAGAGCAAGGGUUCAGGAUGGGGUGGUGUGCAAGUACGGGUGGUGGGUCGGCUGAUAUGGAGUUGACGGUGUCGUUCGGUGAAACAACAGUACCAGCGGCAGCAGCAGGAGCACCAGCGGUAGCAGCAGGACCAACGAUAGCUGCAGGAGCAGCUGCAGCAGCGGCUAUCGAGGCAAAGCUACGGCGAGCAUCAACAGUCCACUGCGCGGCUGCCAACAUGCUGGGAGCGCAGGGCAAACAGCAGCAGCAGCAACAGCAGUGCUGCGUUGACCUUAGCGGGGUUAGGACACCGGUGGGCAAAGGGGCGAGCCCCGGUGAUGAGACGGCAUUCGGGAUGCGCUCCGCACCCUUUGGUACUGUCCAGGGGUGUUGAACGGAACGGCUACUGUUCUUACAAGAGCAGUGUCGGGGCGCUGGGAUAGUUAUCAGAUAAAGAAGUGAUAAGAAGGGACUCACGUACGCAAAUGACAUGCAUGAAGCCUUGGGGCCCCAUGCAAAACACAUCCUGUACCUUUUUACUGCACUAUUUCCUUUGACGGUGCUCUUAUUUCAUGACCCUGGUCCCCGCGGUCACAAGGGCCUACAUGCGCGUACAUGCUCUAAUGCAACCACAAGUUGCCAAAGGGCCUCAAUUGCCCACGCAUUGUGAUUUGGGGAGUUCCUUUUCGACAGUGGCUUAAGCUUACUGACUGUUGGAUAGCCAACAACACGACUUGAUUACCGUAAUGGGUGGGCCCAUGGAUGGCCGUGAUCCCAUUUUAUGUACGCAUGGUCAUUCGCUUGAUUCCUCUUAAUGAUUCACAACCAUAUGCCGACAGCUGUUGUUUGUUGUUGCCUCCCAGCUAAUCGUCCGGACUUUUGAUGAAGUGACCUUGAUCCAUGGAAAUUGACCGUGCGUGUGUUUUGGGGUUGGCAUGGCCGAUAACCUCGGCCUCCUGGUUUUAUACACUCCUCUUCGUUACUUGGCACUGAAACGUUAGUCAUCCGCCCUAAAUAUGGAGUAAAUCCAUUAGUCACGCCGCCGUUUCUAAGGGGGCCUGCCUAUUGGGAUACUGGGUUAUGCAGAUAAAGCAAGCACCAAUGCGCCUAAGCGAUCACCAUUCCAACAGUGAAAGCGGUGGUAUGAAUGCUUGCCGUUUGGGCAUGUAUGCUUGCCGUUUGUUACAUGUUUGUUGGCUGGUACGAAUGGCAACAGACUGCAUUUGAUAAGACGGAAACCGGUGUCAAUCCGUGUGUGUUCUCGUCUCUUGUUGAUGCGUAAUGGAAUUAAUGUCGUGCGUUUGAUGCAAAGGACGUGACCCAUGGGUCAGCCCAUAUGUCCUUGACCGGGCGUGUUACAAUUUGUCAGCCUGGAGGUCAAUGCCAUGUCUUCCAAACACCGGUUCCUUUGGCACCGGUGCAAAUGCAUGAUGAUUCCCUGUAACAUGGCAACCGAUUA